CCUUCUCUACACAUUUAACAUCCCAUCGUUGCUCUCUGAAGCUCUGUUCCUCGACUAUAAUGACAGUAAUAACACUACCAUAUCCACAAUUAGGUUUCACUCGUUUCGAAAAAAAUGCAUUCAUACGUCCACAUUAUCACACCCCAAGAUUACAUUUCACAAUUAGGUUACAUCCGUUUCACACAAGCCUUUUUAAUGGUACCAAAAAACCCAGAAGAAUCGGAAAAAUUGCUAUGGUGAAUACAAAUUCAAGUAUCGUAAUUGACAAAGAACAAGAAUUCAAACCUUCGUUUGAGGAGUAUUUGAAAGCCAUGGAGACCGUUAAAAGCCGCAGAGAAAAGCGUAAAACUGUAAUAGAAACACCACCGGUACGUGAAAUUGAGCAAGAAAGUGGCGAUUCCAGUGGUUUUGAAGAGGGAAUUAGUGUGCAGAAAGUGGGAAGUGUGAAGGAAGAUGAAGGUAAGAAGUUAUGGGUUAGAAAGAAACUGGACCCUCAAGGUGUUCGACGAAAUGGCAACAAGGAUGUUGGGUUAGAAGAACAGAGGUUUAAUAUGAAAAGGGUUGUGCCAAAUGCAAAGGAAGAUGAAAUUGUGAAGAAAUGGACCCGAAAGGAACCGGGUUCGGGUUCUAAAGAAGCCCAAUUGGAUACUACUAAGUUUCAUGAACAGAGGUUUAAUAUUAAAAGGGUUGUGCCAGAUUUAAAGCAAGAUGAAGUUAUGAAGAAAUGGACCCGAAAGAAACCGGAUGCUAAAGGAGCCGAAAUGGAUACUAAGUUUCAAGAACAGGGAUUUAGGCGUUCUGAAAUGAGUUCUGUUUCAAGUAAAAGUUUUGUGAUGGAUAAAGAAAGAGUUUCCCAUGUGAAGAAACCUUUUCGGAAAAGUGAGCAUGAUGGUUAUGGUGAUGUGGGGAUAGAAAGAGCUGCUUUUAAAUCACUAGAGGAAUUUCCAGAUGUUUGCGAUCAGCCGAGGGUCUCGCGAGUAGAUAUGGAGGAAAGAAUCCAGAAGUUAGCAAAGUGUUUAAAUGGUGCAUCCAUCGAUGCUCCCGAAUGGAAUUUCUCUAAGAUGAUGAGAAGUGCAAAAAUCAGAUUUGCAGAUUUUUCAAUAAUAAGACUUAUACAGAUCUUAGGAAAUUAUGGCAAUUGGAGGCAGGUGCUUCAAGUCAUUGAGUGGAUGCAAUCACGAGAACGCUUUAAGUCUAACAGAUUAAGAAAUAUUUACACAGCUGCACUUGAUGCCCUUGGGAAAGCAAGGAGACCCGUUGAAGCACUGAACGUGUUUCACACGAUGCAGCAACAAAUGGCUUCGUAUCCGGAUCUUGUAGCUUAUCAUUGUAUUGCAAUCACCCUUGGACAAGCAGGUCAUAUGAGGGAACUAUUCCAUGUGAUCGAUACCAUGAGAUCCCCUCCUAAUAAGAAACUAGCUACCGGUGUUCUUCAAAAAUGGGACCCACGACUCGAACCAGAUAUAAUAGUCUAUAAUGCUGUGCUAAAUGCGUGUGUACAGCAAAAAAAUCUUGAAGGUGCGUUUUGGGUAUUGCAGCAGCUAAAGCAACAGGGCCAACAACCUAAUAGCAUAACAUAUGGACUUGUAAUGGAGGUAAUGCUGGCAUGUGAGAAGUAUAAUCUGGUACACGAGUUUUUCAAAAAGAUGCGGAAAUCAUUUAUUCCAAAUUCUCUAACUUAUAAAGUUCUUGUGAAUACAUUAUGGAAAGAAGGCAAAGUUGAUGAGGCCAUUUUAACCGUUAAAGAAAUGGAAAAACGGGGAAUAAUUGGCUCUGCGGCCCUUUAUUAUGACCUUGCUAGAUGCCUUUGCAGUGCAGGAAGAUGUGAGGAAGCUAUUGUGCAAAUUGAAAAGGUAUGUAAGGUGGCAAAUAAACCUCUGGUGGUGACAUAUACCGGUUUAAUUCAAGCUUGUUUAGACUCUGGGAAAAUCGAGAGUGGAACCUACAUAUUCAAACAUAUGCACAAGUUUUGCUCUCCAAAUUUAGUUACAUAUAACAUCAUGCUCAAAGGGUACCUCGAUCACCAUAUGUUUGAAGAAGCAAAACAGUUGUUCAAUAAAUUAUUGGAGAACGGGAAUCAUGUUACAAGUAAAGUCGAUUCCAGGCAUGUGGUAUUACCAGAUAUUCAUACGUUUAAUUUGAUGUUAGAUGCGUGUUUGGUGAAUAAAAAAUGGGAUGAUCUUGAAUUUGUCUACACAAAAAUGCUGCAACACGGAUACUACUUUAACGCAAAACGUCAUUCCCAUAUGAUACUUGAAGCCUGCAAAGCUGGGAAGGUGAAUUUGUUAGAAACAACAUGGAAACAUUUGAUUGAGGGUGAUCAAAUCCCACCACCACCUCUUGUUCAAGAGAUGUUUUGUAUGAAACUGGAGCAAGAUGAUUAUGCUGCUGCUUUCUCCUGUUUAAUAUGUCUUCCUUCAACUGAAUCACAUAAAUAUUCCCGAAAUUCGUGGGUGGCCCGUUUUAGAGAUAAUCCUACCCUUUUCCGGGAAGAAACGCUUCUACGAGUAAUAGAUAGGGUAAAUAUUUUAUUGGUCAGUAAUGAAGAACCGAAUAUAAUUCUUUUGAAUCUGAUGAGAUCUUGUAAAGAAAAUCUACGGAUUUAAUGAUAGUAGAUUGUGUUAUGUUGUAAAUUAUUAUUAGCUAGAACGUAAAAGAAACUAGAUGAUCCUCUAUAUGUUUUUUAAUGGAAUUUUUGUAUAAUGUA